ACUACACACACACGCACGCACGUCAGUCGAAGGUUCGUUGCUCGGUCGGCCGUUCGUCGUCUCUCUCUGUCCGCGUAAUCUUAUCUGGUUCAGGUGUCGAGUACGAUAUUAUUAUUAUAUUUAUUUACCUAUUCAUUUAUUAAAAAUUUAUUAUCACACACACCCACGUGCGCCGGUAACACUUUCUGUGUGGUAUAAUAAUCAUAUUAAAAACAUGACGUGUAUCGUAAUCGGGUUUAUUUGGGUUCUGUCGUUAUCACCUCACGCCCGAGUGAAAACCCCGAUUCGGUAAGUUCGUGGUGCGAGCGAAACGAGUUAUUCUUGAAAACGUACGUUUUUGCGGAAGAAGUGUGCCAGUGGUCUCCGCCCGUGAUUCAGUGUGUUUUUUUUUAUUGAAUAGUAAAACGCAAAAAUUUUCUUUUAUUUGGGUUUUUUUAUAACCAUUUUUCAACUUACUUUUCGUUUUAAUCUACAGUGAGCAAAUUAUAUUAUCCUAACGUUUAAUUUUUUUUUAAUUUUGUUAAGCCAUACCGUUUUCUGUGAGUAGUGCGUUUAAAAAAAACUUUGUGUCGAUUUUACUACACCGGAAUUGCAGUAUUAUACUCAUUCGUAUACUAUAUAAUAUAUAAUAACAUAGUGUUUCCGUUCUCAAAAACAAUCAGUGGCAUAUGUACAGUGAUGUAGUGCGUAAGGUUCGCGUGUUUGUCGUUAACGAUGUAAUUACGUCUGAAGCGAUGUUAGAACACGUUCUUACUAUCACGGGACUAGAUUCCUGAACGUCGAAAAGGACGCUGAGAAACCUAAGUCAGAACCCACACGACAAGAUUUCGAAAAUCGACGAUGGUAGAGCGAAUCGAAAACGAAACUGAUUGUAAUAUGCCACAAGGCUCCUGUUGGUCUACGGUGUAUUCUGGCUUUUAUUUAUUUCUCGCCAGGCAUUCAGGUCGGAGACGCACAGCGGAAUCCGAAGAAGCAGUGAGGCGGCAAGGCGGCGGCGGCGGCGGCGGGUCGUCACAAAGCCUGCACCGCGCCGCCACAUUCACCAUGUUCAAUUUCCUCCUGCUAGUCUCUGUAUGCCUUUCGUCAACCACACACGCGUGUUCGAGUAGGUCGACGCCGAAACCGCGACCGCUGCAGCCGACGGAACGGCCGAACAUCACCUUCCACACCAACCCCUGUCCAACCGUAUACGCCAAAUGGUAUUGUCUCAACGAGGCCACGUGUUUCGCCAUCCAAAUAGGCGAAUCUGUGCUGUACAACUGCGAAUGUACCGACGGUUUUAUGGGACAGAGAUGUGAGUUCAAAAAUUUGGACGGAUCUUACACGACAGCCCGACGACAAGUGAUGCUCGAGUCGGCCAGCAUAGCGUCGGGGGUCAGCGUGGCGGUACUUUUGGUGUUCAUAAUCUGCACCACGUUUUACGUCAGGUCCAAGAGACAGCGGAAACUCAAGUUGAACGCAGCCGACGUCUCAAUGGUAGACGGCAACUGGACGGACGCGGAAAAGCGGCCGUUCUCGUAUCGUCCCAAGCACACGAUCAUCACAAUUCCUCUGAAGACAGUAAUCACAGAACAGUCGACGCGAUCCUCCGGCGACGGCCGCCGCCCCGAAGAGAGUUCGCGACGAGAACCUUUGAUCGUAUGAGACGACUGCAGCUAAUUCCAAAGUUAUUAUAUGUUCAGCGCGGGUAUCCUUGCGAGGACGACAAAUGACGAUUUUUUUUUCACGGGGAGAUCAAUAAUAUAAUAAUAUUUUGGUGUCGAGCUGGACGCCGCACAACACGCCUCGGAUACCACUAUACACACACGGCGGCACAACAGUCGGUCAGCAGCAGCAGCAGCAGCAGCAGACACGCGAAAUAUGAUCACGACACGAACACACACACGCCCACACACAUGAUAAUGUCUCAACGUCACGUCCCGAGAGCCCAACGCCGAAUAUAUUAUACACACACACACACACGCGUGCGCGAAAUAAAAUUUGGAAUUGAAAAAAAUUUAAUGAUCAAAAUCGAAUGUAAUAAAAUUUCAAAAAAAAAAUUGUUUUUAAACGGACCGAUUCAAUCAUACAGUAGUUGUGUGUCGUGUGUAUUAUGUUGAUAAUAUUAUCGUGUAGUGAAUAUCGCCGUGGCAUAUUAUAUAUAUAUAUAAUCGAUGACGUUUACUGACACAUAUUUCGACUAGUUUUGAUGUGAACGCACAUCGAUUUUGUGAUUAUUAUUAAUUUUUACCGUCGUCGUCGUCGAUCCCUCCCCCGGCGUGUGCAUGUGGUGUCACCGUCGCGUUUUUCUCAAAUUUUGCCGCCCCCAAAAUUAUUAUUAACGGAAAUACGUGCCGCUAUAAUUGGAAACGCACUCGAAAUUGAUCAUGUUAUGGUGUUUUAUAUUGUAUAAAAUCGUAAUUUUCGUGACAUUUUUAACCUCAAACGUAUAUAUUAAUAUAUAAAAAAAAAAA